CCGGAUGUCAAACACAUGCGAUAGAUCCUAGGAUGAUCUCUAUGUGAAAUUUGGCUGGGUGUCAGCUAGUGAACCACUUCAUGAAUAAAUUCUCACGGACAUUGCCUCGUCCAAACUCACUCGACUAUUUCUAGACGAAACAUAAGGACUAGAAGAGUAGAAGUUAACCAACUCAAACCAUGAAUAUGAAGUAUGUGAUCGUGCUUGUCAUAGCAAUUGCAGCAAUCGCAGAAGGCGCAAUAUACACUGUAGGAGACGACAUGGGCUGGAUGGUUCCUCCCACUCCCGACUAUUAUGCUUCAUGGGUUUCCAAGUAUUACUUUGUGGAGAACGAUACUCUAGUGUUCAACUUUGAAGAAGGACAGCAUGACAUCACUGUACUAACCAAGGAAGACUUCGACUCCUGCAACAUGACGAAUCCCUUGUUUCAAACCCCAGAACCAGGUGCAGUUUCGGUUGAGGCGAGCGACACGUUUUACUUCACGUGCAGCUUUGGUCAGCACUGCGCUAAAGGGCAAAAGUUCGCCAUUUAUUUUGCCCCUGCACCUUUGCCUCCCAGUCCGAGUCCGAGUGCAUCUGCUGCUGCUGAUCAAUCUCUGGAGACCCGACUGUUCAAGUUUGUGACGGAAAAGAAGGGUAACUAGCUAGGAAGGCCGGUUUGGCCUGAAGUGAUCCAAUUCAAACAAUGUAGCAAAAGUCCUUGCUAGCUAGCAAUAAUUCAAGAAGCGUUGAGUCGUGAUUAUAUUGUACGAUAUCUAUGGCGUAUCGUGUGAUCCAGAAAAUAAAAAAUAAGAUUGUUUGAAUUACGAUCAAAUAUGUUUGUACUCUUG